AAAAAAGAAAAAAAGAAGGCGAGGAACGCUACGCUGCCCGUCACCAGCCAAACCACUGUUCGGCAAGGAGAUCUUACGAGCAGAGAGCUUUCGUAUUGCACUCACACCUGGGCGCGCCAUCCGACGGGACGAAGAACAUUCUUCCGUUUUGCAAGCGCAGGCAUGCAUGGUAUGGCCAGUCCGAUCAGUGUACGCACCAGCCCGAGGCACCCUCUGUCCGUCCCUCGGUCAUCUUUAGUUCGAUCCACCCACGCUUCACAUUUGGUGAUAAGAGUUGCAGAUCCAUUAUUCCCUUGUGCUAAACUCUCGAAAGCGCGCGCUGUCGUGGCAGCAGUGAUGGAGGUCUCCAAGGCCCCUUCCUCAUCUGGUUUGGCAAACCGCCAGCCAUCCAAAGAGGUUCUUGAGACAUGGCGCAGUGUCAAUGCGGUGUGCUUCGAUGUGGAUAGCACCGUAUGCUUGGAUGAGGGUAUUGACGAGCUUGCUGAUUUCUGUGGGGCUGGGCAGGCAGUUGCCGAGUGGACGACAAAAGCUAUGACAGGGACUGUUCCAUUUGAAGAGGCUCUUGCUGCCCGGAUCUCUUUAAUCAAGCCAUCUCUGUCCCAAGUUGAGGACUGUUUGGAGAAGAGGCCACCCAGGAUUUCUCCUGGAAUCGCUGAUUUGAUUAAGACAUUAAAAGCUAAUAAUACUGAAGUAUUCCUUGUGUCAGGAGGUUUCCGGCAAAUGAUCAAGCCUGUGGCAUUUGAUCUUGGCAUUCCUACUGAAAACAUCAUAGCAAACCAACUGCUAUUUGGAUCAUCUGGAGAGUAUGCUGGAUUUGAUCCCACAGAGCCCACUUCUCGAAGUGGGGGUAAAGCAGUAGCAGUGCAACAAAUAAGACAGGAUCAUGGUUACAAUACACUGGUUAUGAUUGGAGAUGGUGCCACUGAUCUUGAGGCUCGGCAACCUGGUGGAGCAGACUUGUUCAUCUGUUACGCCGGUGUCCAGAUGAGAGAAGCAGUUGCAGCCAAAGCUGACUGGACCGUCUUUGAAUUUGAAGAGCUAAUUUCUGAAUUGUCAUAAUUCUGAUACCUCACAGUGAUUCUAAAUCUUUCGCUGUUCACACCAUGACAGAUGACUGUAUGUGCUCAUGCUUGUGUUUAGCUGCAUUACUUAAUUGUAGGUAUUUCACAUUUCCAUCAUUCCUUUCAUGAGGUGGUGCUGGAGCUGAAGCUCAAAUUUAAUGGUUGUGUUUCUGAAACCUGGUGGUUAUGUUUUUUGUUUUCUUCAUGGGUUGGUGGUUAUGUAUCUGAUAUGGAAACCUGAUAGUUAUGUAUUAAUAUUGAAAUUUAUGGUUAUGUAUUGAUAUUGCAACUAUUUAA